AUGCCGGGAAUUCUACCGAUGAAAGUCAUCAAGGUGGGCAGCAGCUCCCAGAGCCGCAUUGCCCAGGCCUGUGAUCGUUGUCGAAGCAAGAAGAUUCGAUGUGAUGGCAUUCGACCAUGCUGCUCGCAAUGUGCCAAUGUGGGUUUCGAGUGCAAGACCAGCGACAAGCUGAGCCGUCGCGCCUUCCCGCGAGGAUACACAGAAUCUCUGGAGGAUCGGGUACGGACGUUGGAGGCCGAAGUACGGGAGCUGAAGGGAUUACUCGACGAGAAGGACGAGAAGAUCGAUGUGCUCUCCCGCAUACAUUCAUUUUCCCCCCAUCCACACAAGACGGCGUUGAAAUCACCGGCGGCAGAAGAGAAGAAACAGACGACGACAACGAAUCACAGCGGUGAAGGUGUCAUUCGGGUGCAGCAUUCACCGUCGCUGCUGAGGAACCCUACACCAGACACUCCAUUUGCCGGUCCCUCGAGCACUAGAGCGUUUGUUGAUGUGUUCACGAGUAAACUGGAGGAGAACGGCCAGUCCGCGUCGAGUUUCUCGACGCAGGAGCUGACUUCGUCUCCGCCCAUGAUCUCCUACCCCGUCCUCGAUCAGACCAUCAAGACUCCUCCUCGAUUGGUAUCGGACCAAUUAAUCAAUAUCUUCUUCCAAGAAUGGGCGCCGCUCUAUCCGGUCGUCCAUCGACCAACGAUUCUCAAGACCUACGAUCACUACCUCACUGAUGCAGACUCUCUGUCCAGCAACAAAUACGCCGCGGCUCAGUUGAACCUCAUCUUUGGAAUUGCUGCGCUUUCUGCGAGGUCGAGGACCAACCAGGAUCCAGCGUUCUUCGAACAGAACUGGUACCCCGCUCUGGAGUCUCUGUCCGGAGAUGUGUCCAUCGGCACUCUUCAGUGCCUCAUCUUGGCCCAGAUGUACUGCACCGCUAAGGCGGACUACAAAGGUCUCUCGCGGUAUCGUGGUCUUGCGGUCGGACUAGUCCACCAGCUGGGGCUCCACCAGAGUCAGAAACGCUUCUCUAUGAACCCGUUGACCAGCGAGACCAGAAAGAAGGUCUUCUGGUGUCAAUAUGUUCUGGAUCGUUUCUCUGCUGCUCUGACCGGCCUGCCCGUGCUCCUGCGUGAAGACGAUAUCCGAACCGAGUACCCUGCGGAUGUGGACGACGAGAAUGUGACGGAGACUGGCUUCCUUCCUACGCUUCCGGGCGAAUCGACACGCCUGUCCAGCGCCCUUGCAUUGUUUGCCGCUUCGCGGAUUCUGAACAAAGUCCUGGAAGACUUGUAUCCCUCGCCUGCUGGAUAUGAGAUCCCAGUCUCCAAGCUCCAUGCGCUGUCCGAGCAGUUGGAUGGGUGGUCCAAGAACCUUCCUCCGCACCUGAGACUCGAGUUCGCGCAGGACAAGCCUAGCACCAAUGUGACCAGCAGUCGGUCUCCUCUUCUGUCAAUGGUGUAUUAUUACAUCCGAACACUGAUCCACCGCCCUGCGGUCUGCUUUGGAGAUGCUACCAUUGCCUCCACUUCUGUCCUCGCUCUGUCCGACUCGAAUAAGCACAUGAUCCAAAUUCUGGACUUGCUUGAUGAGAGGAGGAUGAGCCUGUCCUUCUGCAUGAGCAGGAAGGAACUGGUCUUCCUCUCUGGACUGGGCCUACUUUGGCAGAACAUGGGUCUGAAGCGCGACAGCAAGCUUGCUAAGGAGAGCCAGAAGCUUCUCUCGACCGUCAUCGACCAGCUUGAAUCAGAAUCAGCCGGAGCCGCGGCUGAAUUCACCGUGGUUGCCAAUCUGCUCAUCUCUGUCGAUGGUGGGAAGCGUGAAGCGGCCGCCAAGCAAUCGUCCGAGAUGCGCGAGUCAUCUCUCAAGCCCAAGUCUCCAAAGAAGCAGUACCAGCCCUUGAAGUCUCGUGGAUCAGUAUCCGGGCCCUCGUUCCAGCCAGCACGAGCGGAGUCUCACUCCCGCAGAGCUACCAUCACCAACGCCAGCCCUCCGACACCCCACCGGCACAUUCGCUCUUCAAGCCGGUCUAGCCUCCCCGCCCAGCAGACGGACCACAUGGGCCAGAUGGGCGCAGAGAAGCCUCGAAUCAACGAUCCUUCUCUAGAGUACAAUAACUUCGAGUACUUCCCUCUCAACGCUGACUCUCAUCGCGCCAUGUCUUCCUCGGAUCUUCCCAAGUCUGCGCUCAGUAUGGCGGAUUGGGAGUUCGUCGUCAGUGACAUGGCGCAGGGCCACUCCAAUAUUUUCACCGGGAUCUACGGAGGAAAGGAAUGCGGUGAAGACCACGGGCCUUUUGCUUCUCUGACUGCUGAAUUUCAGCAACAGCAUCCCAAUUCCUUGAGCAUCCAGCCCCAUGCCACUGAGGCUCACAGCUUGUCGCCAGAAGCCUGGUCUUCCAGCAGUGGCGACUUGCCGCACAACCAAGGGGCAACCACCCAGAGUGUUCUGAGCUACUCGGAGGAGAGUCUGGGAAGCGCCGAGGAGGUGUCGCCGCUUAAUGAUAUGGGACUGCACCACCAGGAUAACGUGAACCUGAUGGAUCCUUUCAAGGGGAUCAUCAUCCCGGCGGCAGAUGACGAAAUUGAUGAUUUUGGCCUGGUCGACGGCUGGGAUCGACGACUGGCGGUUUAA